AUGACUGCCCUCGACCAACACCGUGGCUACGUCCAAGACCACUAUGCAGAGGUCCAGCAGGACCGGCCUACCCAGUAUAUCGAUGAGACGAAUGCUGCCGGUUACCAGAUUGUGCGAGAGCCUCUCUGGAACAAGGGCCUUGCCUUCACUCCCGAGGAGCGUGCCUCCAAGAACCUCACCGGCCUCUUCCCUCACACCAUGGAGAGCUUCGAGACCCAGUGCGCCCGAGCCAUGAAGAUGAUUCAGACCCGCCAGACCCCCAUCGACAAGUACCUCUACCUCACCUCCAUCAAGGAGACCAACACCGAUCUCUUCUACCGCCUCCUCAUCGACAACAUCCGCGACCUCAUGCCCCUCGUCUACACUCCCACCAUUGGUGAUGUCUGCCUCCAGUACUCGAGCAUCUACACCCGCCCCGAGGCUCUGUACAUCUCCAUCAAGCAGCGCAAGUCCAUCCGGACCAUGCUCCGAAACUGGCCCUGCCAAAAGCCCGAGAUUUGCGUCGUGACAGACGGUUCUCGUAUCCUUGGUCUCGGUGACCUGGGCAUCAACGGUGUCGGUAUCUCGAUCGGCAAGCUCGCUCUUUACACCGGCGCUGCUGGUAUCCACCCCCAGAAGACCCUCCCCAUCGUCCUCGACUGCGGUACCAACAAUGAGGAGAACCUCAAGGACCCCUUCUACCUGGGUCUGCGACAGAAGCGCCCCGCCUACGAGGAGCAGCAGGGUUUCAUGGACGAGUUCAUGGAGGCUGUCCGUGACGUCUUCCCCGACAUGGUUGUGCAGUUCGAGGACUUUGAGUCUCAGAAGGCCUUUGGUUACCUCGAGCGAUACCGCGACGAGUACCGUUGCUUCAACGACGACAUCCAGGGAACUGGUGCCGUUGUCCUGGCUGGUUACAUUGGUGCCGUUGAGCAGUCCGGCGUUCCCCUGGAGGAGCAGCGCCUGGUCUUCAUGGGUGCCGGUUCCGCCGGUGUCGGUGUUGCUAAGCAGCUCGUCGAGUACUACACUCGCCGUGGCCUGAGCGAGGAGGUUGCCCGCGACAAGUUCUGGCUUGUCGACACCAAGGGUCUUGUCACCAAGGACCGCGGUGAUCGCCUUGCUGAGCACAAGAAGUACUUUGCCCGUACCGACAACGACGGCCAGCAGUACCGCACUCUGCAGGACGUCAUUGAGUACGUCAAGCCCAGCGCUCUUGUUGGUCUGACUGCCACUUUCGGUGUCUUCACCGAGGACAUUGUCCGCUCCCUUAAGGCCUCCGUUGAGGCUGGUGGUCUUGGCCGCCGUCCCAUCCUCUUCCCUCUCAGCAACCCCCUCACUAAGGCUGAGUGCACAUUCGAGCAGGCCAUUGAGUGGACUGAGGGCACUGUCCUCUUCGCCUCUGGCUCUCCCUUCAACCCCGUCAAGGCCAAGUUCGGUGAUGAGUCUCACCUCACCACCUACUACCCAAACCAGGGUAACAACGUUUACGUGUUCCCCGGUAUCGGUCUCGGUGCCAUUCUGGCCAAGGCCUCUCGCGUCACUGACGAGAUGAUCUACACCUCUGCCGCUGCUCUGGCUGGUUCCCUGACUGCUGAGGAGGUCCACAAGGGUCUCAUCUACCCCCGCAUUGAGCGUGUCCGUGACGCCAGCGUCAUCGUUGCCCGUGAGGUGAUGAAGGCUGCCCGACGUGGUGGUGUCUCUGAGCUCCCUGACUCUCAGUGGGCUGAGUGGGAGGAGUGGGGUGAUGUUGCCCUCACCACCUACAUCAAGAAGCACAUCUAUGACCCUCUCUGCUUCGCUGAUGCCAAGACCCAUCUGUAGAUGGAUCGUGUCCCAGCUUGUUUGUGCACACUUGUGUAUGAUUUGCAGGAUGUUUGGAAUGGACGGGUGUGUUUCUCGACUGUGAAGUGCUCGUCGUCGAGAUCGCACUUGCGGAGAUUUUGAAACUUGGGCGUUUGAGCUGACCACGACCCAUGGCCCUUGACCGGACUUCCGUGUCAUGGUUUCACUGGGGCUGGACUCUCGUUUGCCUUGCCAGUGAACUUGAUACCUACUCAUGUCAUGCCACACGCUCUGGACGGUGGCCAUGAGGAUUCUGUUGAGCGGCCCCAGUGAUGGGCGUUUUUGCGUUUUCAUAAUCUGCUUGAUGCGUUAACGGCUAUUUAAUCUUUGUUUUCACCUGGCAUGGGCCUGACAGGAUAGAGGCGGACCAAAACAAGACGUGGGAAGAGAGCGUACAUACCGGUAGACGAAAUUGUUGUUGAAUAGGAGUUGGAUUUACCGUU